AUGUCGAUGAAUUGGGACACUAUAUCGAAUCCUCAGCCCCCACCACAAGACGAAUCUGUCCCCAAACAAGUGCCACUAUCCAAUAGCGAUUUCCGCAAGCUUCUUCUUACCGCAGAAUCCCAAAAAACUCACCGCGACGUUAGUAAUGCCACUGCCCCUCGCUCCCGGUCUGAUCGACCAAAAUCCCAUUCUUCAAAGUCCCGUCCCCCAAAAUCACGCCCACAUCAUCGUAAACAUCGUCGUGAAGAUGGUGGAGGAGACGAGAGUAGGAAAAGUGAUAAAGCUCCCAAAUAUCGCGAUAGAGCUCGUGAGCGUCGUGAAGGCAAGAUAUCUAGUAAUAUGGAAAGUCUGGAAUCUACGAUCCACGAAGAGACUGUUGAGGGAGGAGAAGAUGGAGAGGGGGAUCCAAAUCGUUUGAUUCACACAGCUGAUUAUCGAGCAGUUGCCCCGACAACCGGUGCUGACCAUGCGGCUGAACGAAUGAGAGCUAUCGAGGAGUCAAAAUAUCUUGGCGGAGAUAUGGAAAAUACUCAUUUAGUGAAGGGUCUUGAUUACGCCCUCUUGAAAAAAAUGCGUCGACAAAUUAGAAGUAUGGAACUCCAGGCUGAUCAAGAAUUAGACAAGGAACUUGAAAAGCCUUUGGGCGAAGAUGUAAUUAAGCGUGAAGGAACUCUAGAAACUGGUCUCAAUUUUAAAACUCUUAUGGCUGAGAAGAUAAUAGAGACCUUGUUCAAGAGCAAUCAAGGUCCUGUGGAGAGAAAUGAAUACUUCCAGCCAGGUAGAAUGGCGUAUCGGGUCGAAUUGGAGGACGAAAUGGCGGAAUUCGAAGUUCCAGCGACGGUUAUUCGGAGCAAGGCUGAUUGUCCUCUUUUAGAUGAGGCUACUUCAAAUAACUCCAAUUUAACCACGGAUGAUAUUAUCAUCAAUAAGUUGGCUCAGAUCUUUGCUUACACAAGAGCCGGUAGACGACAGGCCAAGAAGGCCAAAAUGGCUAAGCAAAAAACAGAUGGCCCUGAGUAUGAGGCACAUGCUAGCCGACAAGACGAACCGAAACCAAAACCGAAACCCAUAUUUGACGAUGCACCCUCUGAGUACGUUCCAACAAAGGGCCGCUCAUCCCACCGUGACCGUGAGCCUGAGUCCUCUUCUCAUCGGCAUAGAGAAAGAAAUAGAGACGAACCUUCAUCGUCGUCCUCUAAGCGAUAUCAAUCAAGCAGCAGUAAUAGUGCACGCUACUUUGAAAAGCCCGUCAUCGAGCCUGAAGACAAGACUGCUGCAAGUAAAAGCGCUAUCUCCGCAACCAAGGAUUUUGUUCAACAACUCGCCAGCAAGUUUAAUACUUCGGCUGCCGCUAAGGCCACCGACGAACAGGCUAAUUUGGAGCGCUUAAUUAAGAAAACUGAGAUUUCUGGCUACGAUGAGUGCUAUCCCGGAUUUGCAGAGUCCUACGAUGCUAUGGGAGAUUCAGAUGAGGAAACUGAUUUCAGCAAAAUGGACAUGGGAAAUAAGAAGGGGCCCAUGGGUAGAUGGGACUUUGAAACUCAGGAGGAAUACGGUGAUUACAUGUCGAAUCGUGAGGCUUUACCGAAAGCCGCUUAUCAAUACGGUGUAAAGAAGCCGGAGGGUCGUAAGACACGCCGUAUUGGUGGAAGUGGUGGCGGUGCGGGAUCUAAUCAGAAGGAAGAACGGGCAAAAGUGGAUCGGCAAUUACAACAAAUUACUUCGUUAAUUAAUAAGCGUAAACAGAUGGCUCAAGUAGCUGUGGAUUCUGAGUCUAAAAGAAUGAAAUAUUAA